GUGAUUGGCUUGUCCCGGUCUGAUCACAUGAUAGUAAGAGAGGCUAUAGCGGUGCUCCGGUGUGUUGGCGGUCAGUGGGCGCAGGACGCCGGUGGGGGAACAAAGAGGGCGUGUUUCACUUUCAUUGCAGGACCCCCCAAAUUACCAUCUACAUCUCCCCCGGUGUUCCUCACACGCCACUCAUUACACCCAUCGGGGUCCGAGAACUCCGAGCCUCUUCAUUUCGGCCAAUUUCACUUCUGUAUGCACCAUGCCUGGCGAUUUCUCCAUGUGUCUGUGUCUCAGUCCACCUCCUCCACUACAGUUGCGUCGUCCAUCUACAGGAACACUUCGACCAUGCCUGGCUUCAUUUCCUCGUCCCCCUGACACCCGUAAAAAGGGUGUAGUCUUUGCUGAUGCCCUUGGACUAGCUCUUACUACUGUUCGCCAUUUCUCACGCUCGUUCUUUGAUGAGGAUCCCCUGGUACUUGCAUUGGCUUCCUUGCGAGUCUUGCGUCCUUUCUCCACCUCAUCGUACACACUGGACUUUCAGCCUCCUGCUCAUGACUAUACUGGCUUCCAAGCUAAGCUCAACAAGCAGCAGGUAUGCCUGGAGCAGUGUGCGGUCCAAGGGGCUGCGGUGGCAGGCACUAUAAAAGUUCGUAACCUUGGCUAUGAGAAACGGGUCACUCUAAGAGUGAGCUAUGACCACUGGCAAAGCCACUAUGACCUUCUGUGCUCUUAUCUCCGUGAUCCGUAUGGUGGACGGGAGACUGAUAUGUUUUCUUUCAGGCUUCCGCUGGCACCAGGCGCUCAACAUGCGGAGUUCUGUAUCUCCUUCUGGUGCCAGGGCAAGGAAUACUGGGACAACAAUGAAGGUGAAAACUAUGCAGUACACAAGGAGACCCAACAUGGCAAAAACCUUCUUCAAAGGGUGUAUUGGUGAAAUGGGCCAGAUUGGUAUUUAGAACUAUGAAGGUGCUGGUCCACUGAACAAUAGUAAUGCAUUAUGUGUCCCCCUUUUGUGGAUCAAGAGGGGAAACUCCAUUCUUUCAGCUGUAAGGAUAGACUAGAUGGAAUGCUUAUUUACUGACAGGCAAUGUGAUUGUCAUAGGCUUCUACUCUUAAGACUUGGCCACUUGAUGACAAGCCAGUUAACUGAAUGAGGGCCUACUCUCCCAAAAGAACAGAUUUAUUUAUAAAUGUCUUCACACAAGAUUUUUCACAACUUUCACUCAGGAUUCACUUUUUUCCCAUUUGGGGAAAUGUGUGAAUAAAAGUUAUAAACCUCUAAGUUAUAUUGUAUAAGCUGUUCAUUAGCCUAUGUGCAUCUUACAAUGACCAUGUGGACCUGUUGCCUUUUCACAGUGAAUGUAGAUAUUUGUGGCUUGGUCACUAUUUAUUAAAGCCACAGAAUGCCUCCUUUCUCUGCAUGUGAUGGGUUUGGAUUCACUCACUUUUAUUUUUUUAUAUAUUAUUAAAUGGGUGUAAAAAACACAUGGUUGUCUAACCUGAUCAGUAACACAACUUGUGCUAAAGCUCACUUCACCACUCCCUAGUGUUGAAUAGUUGCAAUUUUCACUCGAUAAGCUGUAAAUGAUCACCUUUUUUCUUCUGUAUUUUUAACUAUCUACCUUCUGGGUUGGGAUUGCAUAUUGGCACAGUCUAUUUUUUAUCUCUAGUUUUAUGGCAUUCAAUAAACAUUCUCAAAUUUUGCA